AUGUUUCGCGAACGCAUUACCAGCUCUGAGCUGAGUCUUGAUCAGGCAUGCAUUCUUAUUUCAGAAGAGCGGCAUCCAGCGGCUGUUACUGGAAGACUCAACCUCUCUCUUGCACAAGUUGUCUGGGUCAAGAGUAUCAAAGUGAGAUUGAGGGGAACAUUUGCGAUCCCUAUUGAGAAAAUAUUGGGAUCAGAUAGCCGUGAACAAAUCACGUUCGAGCGAGAACAGCCGCUAGCUUCUUCGAAAACCCUCAACGCUUUCCAAAUGCCGGCAGGAGACCACGCAUUUUUAUUCGAUAUUCCGCUUCCAAGUAAGAUUCUCGACACGGUGACUGGUGCAAACCAUCAAUAUCACACAUAUCGCGUAGAGGCCAUUGUCGAGCGACGUCUCAAAAGCGAUUUCGUGGUCUCGCAACCGGUUAGGAUUUACCAGGUUUCCGAUUUGGAAACAAGCUAUCUAAGACCACAUUGCCCGCUGACUCUCGAGGGUCACUCCAAGGACAAUAUCCAGUAUUGCCUCUCCAUCACCGACCGAAACGUUCCCUUUGGUUGCACAUUUCCUGUGGAAUGCUGGUUUGCUCCGCUGUUGAAAUAUGCCAAGCUCAGCACUGUUACGAUCAAAGUUAUUGAGAAACAGACUGCACGGGUGGAAGCUACUGCUGCGGAAUCAGUGCAACAGAACAUGCGGUUUAUCACUGCAGCACAAACUCAAACUGUUUUCUCCAAGAACAUUGAUUUCUCUCACGAGAAUGAGUCUUCAGUAGAUGAUCUUUCGGAAGUUGAAUGGCGCUUUACCACAUCCGUCUCUCUGCCUCAGAGCCUCGACGCCUGCUCGCAGAGUAUCUCGACCAGACACAUCAAGAUUGCCCAUGAGCUUUCUAUUAAUGCUGAGUUCCGCGAUGAGGCAGGGGAUGUGACAGCUAUGAUAACGGAAGUUAUGCCAUUUAAAAUUCAUAUGACACCUAAUGUGGUUGGAGAAAAUGCCUCCAUUCAUGGGCAAGAUAUCCAACUCAUGCAGGGAAGCCAAAGUCCUCCUCCAGCUUACAGUGAUCGGUUUUCGGACUUAAUGGUGUUGGCAGCUACUCAACUGGAUCUUUGUGAACAUUCGAUGCUAGCGGAGAUCAAUUCUGCGCGGUCUUCGAGUGAGCAAAGUGCGAGUAUUCACACCAUGGAGCCUGCUCCUCGAUAUGAAGAGGUCGUAUAG